GCUUCCUGAGACCCAGUCGCGGGUUGCUCGGCGCGCCAUCUCGUCUUUGCAUGUUCCCUUUGACAACGAGAGUCAAGUAGUUACAAGUCUUCAACCCGCCCGGAGGAGGGUUACAACGUGUCCACACGCAACGGUGUACAUGAUGGCUCGCUCCGCGCUGCCCGUCUUCCCGCUCGUCGUCUUCGGCGUCCUGGAGCCUGCUCUGCUCAUCUGGGCAUACCUUGCCGGCAUGCGGGACCCCCACAGCUACUUCGCUGCGCAGAUCCCUGGUGCCAGCGUGUCCACGACCGACUUCUCGCCGCAGGCGCUGGGCGUCACGCUGCAGCUGCUCAACGUGCUGCUGCUGCUCGCUCCGGUGGCUGUCGUGUGCAGCUUCUCGCGCGAUCCCGCGACCGUCAAGGGCUAUCUCUUUGCGGUAGCCCUCGCCGAUUACGGGCAUGUCUACGCGACCUACCGUGCCCUUGGAGUUGACGCGUUUCUAGAACCGUCCCAGUGGAACGAUAUGGUUUGGGGCGCUGUGGCGGCCAGCGGGGUGCUGAAUGUCUUGCGCUGGUUGACGCUGUUGGGCGUGUUUGGACCGGUCACGGUGCGUGCCGCAGGGGAGGGCAAGCCAAAGCGGAACUAAGGGUGAAGGCGGUGGUGUCUGAACGCCGUCUUCUCUAAGCUGAUCUUGGUUGCACAUUGUCGAAAAAUGUACUGUAGGGGAACCUUUGUCGAGGAACCACAGUUCGACGGAACAGGCCGUUGGCCCGACGGCGGUGUGUGACCGUGGCCAGCAUCUCAGUUGGAACGUUCAGGAGGACCUCAAGUGGCCUGUUGCCCUGCGACGCCAUUUGCAAUCCCCCAACCCCCCACCACCGGUAGACUCAACUUCCAAGGCGCUACAGGUCUGCUUAGCUGACUGUGAUAUGCUAUUCGCGACAAAUUGUUGCGGGCUCGACCACGGGGGAGCCAGAAAACGGUUGUCGCUCGGACAGAACUCCCUG